AUGCUCUCAUUAUUCAAGACUCCUUCAUCCAGACUAAUUUGUCACGUUUCCAGAAACUUCAAACCUUUUUUAAUAUCCACCCGUAAGGCAAGUGCAAUAAGUGAUCGUGUUAUAUUCCCAAAGCAAAAAUUGAUCAAAGAACAAACAGAAUAUAAGCAAUUACCAGAUGAUUCCAUGUAUAUUGAAAAGUUUUAUGAUGAAUUAGAUCAAUUCAAGAAGGAGAUUGAAACAAAUAAAUCUAUAACACAGUCGAAUUUUUCAGAUUUUGAAAAAGAUCCAAAUGAAUUAAUUCAACAAUUGGAAUUAUUUAUUGAAGGCAAGAUUAAACCUCAGUACGUUGAGAAAGUUAUGAGCAAGUUCCAAAUGGAACGGUUUGAUGAGUUUUUAAGAAAUGUUAAAAUCACAUUGAUUUUAAAUGGUGGACAUCCAAUGAUUUUUGAUAUUUUAUUACAAAGUAAAGCGCAAUUUGAUUGGUUUGUCAAGAGAAAGAAGUGA